AUGACCUACUACAGCAGCUACUAUGGAGGCCUGGGCUAUGGCUAUGGAGGCUUCGGUGGCCUGGGCUAUGGCUAUGGCUGUGGAUGUGGCAGCUUCCGUAGACUGGGCUAUGGCUCUGGCUAUGGAGGCUACAGCUACGGAUAUGGCUGCUGCCGCCCAUCUUGCUGUGGAGGAUACAGAUUCUCUAGCUUCUACUGA